AGCAGCUAGCCGGAGAGUCGUGAAACGUUGCGGGUGUUCCUGCACCUCUCACUCUCGCAGCUUUUCCUUUUCUUUCCCCUCCACAGGGAAAAGCUACAGCGGCGGCCGACUGCGGUUUUCCUGUUGUUGUUGUUUUUGCGUUGUCGUAUCGUUUUUUCUUUCUUCAAGGAACCGAGAGAGAGAGAGAGAGAGAGGAGAAUUUCUGUCUAGCAUUGAGCUGCCGGACGUGUAGUGCUUUUACCCCCCCCCUCCUCGUUGCACGUUGAGUGUGCUCUCUUCUUCGUGGUGGUUUGGCGUGUCGUUGUUGGCGCACCAUUCUUUUUUUAUUAUUAUGAUUCUGCCACUUAUCUUCAUAUUGCCCACUUUAGCACCUUACCUUACGGAAUCGCGUAAAAUCAUAUGUAUCAUUUCUUUAUUCAUCACAGUUCUUUCUUUUUCUCCUUUUAUCGUUUGUCAGGUAGCGUUGUUUCAUGUUUCGAAAGCCGUCCUGCACGGCGUGCAGUGCCGCACCUCGCCGGGUAGCCACGUCCAUCACCGCGACCUCAGCUGCAUACUCGAACAACAACACAACAGCGGCAACGGCACUCACCAGCAUUUUCCUCAACGUGUCAAAGCGAUUCUUCAGCCGCAAGUCAAUCGAAGAAAGCCUCCCUUCGCACAUCAAGGUCGAUCCCCAUGCGCAGGCGAUCAAGGAUAAGGAGAAGGAAGGGAUAGGCAGAGACGCCUACGCCAGCGGCAUCAACGGCAUCUACGGCAACCGCGCGGAGUCUGCCAUGCGAGGCAUGCUAGGCCCGAAAGGGCAGGCCGACGCUCGCGAGUCACGCGCGGUUCCUAUUCUAGGCCGUGCUACCGUGCAAGGCACUGAGUACACGCUCGAUCGCUCGACCGUCUUUGAGCACUGGCGCUACCGCUGCCCUGAGCCGGUGGGGUGGCACCUGUCCAAGCUGGGCUCCGCGACGUGCAAGAUGGUCGACAACAUCGGCGAGGCGGUGGAGUCGCUGCAGCUGCAGAUUAUUAAAGGCUGUAACGUGUUUGAGAUAGACGGGUCCGCCUCGGAGAUUCACCAGAGCGUCGCACGCGGCAUGUUCGAGGCGCUGCAGGCCUUCGAGCUAGACCGCAGCGGUUUCGUUGUGGUAGCCCGCUGCGGGCUGAUCACGCAGCCACCUUUUCAGGAGGAAAUCACGAAGGUGGAGACGUCCAACACGGCCGCGGUGCGCAACCGCAUCAUCCCACUGUUUGAGCGGUACAAGGCCUCCUCGCUGCCGGCGACGUCGCUCAAGUCUGGUUUUCGCAUUAGCGAACUCGACGAUACUCAGCUAGCGCGACUGAACUUGCGCCGCGUCAACCACAGGACCGCCGCGGGUCUCUCCCCGGACUGGCUGGAUGCCUUCUUCACAAACGUGGCCUACAACACUCGUUUUGAGUGCAUCGACGUCUUACUCCUCGAAGGCAUCCACACCUUGUUUGACGGCCGCCCGGACGAGCACGUCGACGACGACGUGUUGCAGCUCUUUGCGUACCUUGAAAACCAAGUAAAGCAAGGGGUGCUGCAGUACUACGGCAUCUCCUCCCCGCAUCUCGCCUCUCCGGUGCCGCGCAACUACCCGAAGAUGCCGCCCGAUGCGAUGGUGCCGGAGCACCUUCGACAGCCGCCGAAAGAGCCGGCGACGAUCAACCUUUACCGCCUCAUGGCUUUGGCGGAGCGCGCGGGUGGGAAGCACCACCACUUCCGCUUUGUGCAGUACCCCUUCAACCUUACCCAACAUCAAGCGAUGAGCGCACCGCUCCCCUACGACGGCAGACACACGCUCGCCACGCUGGCCAAGGCGCUGGGGCUGACGACGCUUGGCUACAGCCCGCUCGAAACGACGAACCUGAUGCAGCUGCCGGAGCGCUAUCACAAUUUCCCCAUGGAGGCGGACCUGAAGGCGCUGCGCAUGAACUUCUUCACCGUUUGCGAGCGCUGUGUGCUGAAAGAGAUGGAGGUGAAGGAGUCGCUCGACAAAGGACCCGACACGCUGCCGCCCAUCGAGGACCUCUUCGUCGCCAGCGUCUACCUCGCGGCGCAGCGGCAGUUCACGAACGUGUUCUUCUUCUCCUCGUGGGUGAAUCACUACAUGAUGCCUCGCUUCCGCCGCGCCAUCACGCGCUUUAGGGAGGCGUCGGGUGCCGACAUGAAGGAGUGGGCGAAGCAGUACGAGCAGCUCAUCAGCGACAUGCUGCGCAUGCGGCAACGCAUGUUCGAGCACAAGCACGGCCGGCGCGCCGCCAGCUUCAACAUGGCAAUCGACCACAUCAGCCCUACCUUGGCGCGGUGCCCCAUGCUGAACCAGAAGGCGAUUAACUUCGCCACCUACGGCUGCGACGCCUUGCUGUGCGGCUUCCACGUCUCCCGCUACUUCCACGAGGCGACGGAGCUGAAUCCGGCGAAGGACGGCAACCUGCCGAUCCCGGAGCACGAGAUCAUGGCGUUGUGUGAGACGGAGCAGGUCAGCUACGCGAACAUCUCCCCGCCGCACCCGUACAUGCUCGAGCCGCUCGUGACGCAGAACAAGAUUUCGAAGCAGCGGCAAAAAGGCGCGGAAUACCUUGUCCAGGUUGAUCCACAGAAUCCAAAGUUUCCAGACAUCCCAGAGGAGCUGGAGGCGGAGAGCGAGGCGGAGGACCACCACGUCGUCGACGGCGAGACGAUCGCUGCGGAGAAGACGAAAACGGCGACGGCGGAAGAGAAGUAA